CCUUAAAUGGGCCCAAGGAAAAAAAAUAAACUUGACAGUGACACAUAACCUCUUCAAUUAUUAUUAUUUUUUCAAUUACUUAAUUUGGAAGAAGUUAUAGGUAUUCUAAUUUAAAAAAGAUAUGUCGGGGUUAAUGUCAGCUGCUUUACAGCCACUUAGGUUUCUACGCCAAGGGCUGCACACUAUAACUCAGGUGUCCACUAGCAAUAGUCUGGUGAAACCAGAUAACUGUUUGCUAUCGUCUAUUAGAACCAAAGUACGUUGUUACUUCCCUCGGCCGAACGAGGUAAAGAGAGUUCGUCGUCAUGGCUGGGAGACUAGAAUGUCUACACCCAAUGGACGCAAAAUUAUAAUGCGACGGUUACUCAAAGGGCGACAUGUCUUAUCACAUUAGAAUUUAAUAAUUAUAAUUUGGCACUCAAGAAGUUGGUUAAAACAGAAUAAUACUAAGUAGAAUUAUGUAUAUUACAGAAAUAAAAUAAAAUUGCUGAAGACCAAA